GCUGCUUUGUCAUAUUCCCUCGAACAAAAGCCACCGGGAUUGCCAAGCUAUUUCUUCCCUCCUUCGUCCGCCGAGUCCCGACCCUCCAUAUCGUCAACGAAUUACCAAUAAUUUUCUCAAGGAUAUAGGGGGUUGGAUUAUGAGCCCUGGUAUUUGGUCCUUUUCCUUAUUCAAGAUUGUCUGGAUCCGUCGCUUCCUAUUGGCCUUGCUAAUUUACGGGACAGCUCCGUGGGGAACGCUGUGAAGCUCCAAAUUCUGUUUGCAACUACUCAGACUGACGGCUGCUUUGACAUAUUCACAGUAUCAUCGUUUGAACGGAGAAAAAGACACUUGGUUCUGUUGUAAUUAUUGUCGCCUUAAGCCGAGCUUCAGGACACUUCCUGAAUGGGAACUGAUCGUGGUGAAGUAGUGGAGCCACUACCAAAUGUCCGCUCCUUUAAGGUCCAUCGAAAAAUGUGCAUAGAGCUAAUGAAAUUAGUUGAUAGAAUCUCUAGGAUAUUCCCAGAUAUUGAGGCAGCACGUCCUCGAUGCUCAUCAGGAAUACAAUCUCUGUGCUUGCUAAACAGUGCAGUUGACAAAGCCAAACUUCUCCUGCAGCAUUGCUGCGAGUCUAGCAAACUCUACCUGGCGGUGACGGGAGAUACUGUGCUCUCAAGAUUCCUAAAGGCAAGAAAAUCAUUGGAGCAAAGCUUAGGUCAAGUUCAGAGCAUUGUUCCAGUUAUGUUGGCUGCGGAGAUUUCUCAAAUAAUUGAUAAUCUUGCAUGCAUGACUAUUGUACUGGAUUCAGCUGAAGAAGAGGCUGGGAGGGUUGUAAAGGAAUUACUUCAGCAAGGUGCUUCAACCGCAGACUCUGUUGAAAAUUCUGAGAUUAAAGCUCUUCAGUUUGCGGCCGCAAGACUUAAUAUCUCAUCCCCGAAGGCCAUCUUAAUAGAGAAACGAUCUAUUAAGAAGUUGUUAGAUAAAGUUGGGCCAAAUGAUCAGACAAAAAAGACGAUCUUGAGAUAUCUCUUGUAUCUGUUGAAGAAGUAUGGAAAGUAUAUCACAGGAGAACAGAUGGAAAUGAUCUAUCCUUAUAGUGAAGGAUCGAUUGUACCUGAGAACUGCAGUCAUCAUUCUCGACAUAUCCAUAAUAUUGAAUCAGAAAGAUGCCUUAAUCAUGAUCAGUAUGAAACUCGCAACAGUGAGAUGGGUAGAGUAGAACCGCCCGAGGAAUACAAAUGUCCAAUAUCUUCAAGAUUAAUGUAUGAUCCUGUUGUUAUUGCUUCUGGAGCAACAUAUGAAAGAAUGUGGAUACAAAAGUGGUUUGACGAGGGCAAUGAUACAUGUCCAAAAACCGAGAAGAGACUGGCCCAUAUGUCAUUGACUCCAAACACUGUUAUGAAGGACUUAAUAUCCAAGUGGUGCAGAAAUAAUGGAGUUAUACUUGCUGAACCACAACAGCAAGCAAAAGAAUUUCACUCAUGGGAGGUUUCUUCAAUUUCCAUUAGGAGUUUUGGCAGUUCCAUGGAUGAUCUGCACUUACCAGUAGAUCUUAGCAACAUGUCACUUGGAUCAUUAGAUUAUAGUCAAGGUUCUGAUUCCUCACAUGCUCGGAACUCUAACGACUUAAAUUUGAUGUCGAAGAAGGUCAAUGACAAUUCUUGGAGUCAUCAACUUAAUGUGCAUGUGCAUGACACUGAUCUGAUAAUUUUGUCUGAAUCCCAUGGCCUUGAAUGGGAUUCUCAAUGCCAGGCCAUUGAAGAUCUGAAAGAUCGUUUGAAAUGCAAUUGCCAAAGUUCUUGUUCUGUGUCUUCUGAACGUUUUAUUGAAUUUCUCAACAGAUUUUUGAGCAGUGCAUAUGAACGUCAAGAUGUGAAAGCUCUUAGAACUGGAACUCAGUUGUUAAUGGAAUUUGUGAAUAACUGCGGAAAGGAUCUAUCUUAUUUAAGAGAAGGUACAUUUGGCAUGUUGGGAAGUUUCCUUGAUUUAGAAGUGAUAGGUGAAGCUCUUUCUAUAAUGGAAAAACUAUCUGCAAGUCAGCACAGCAAAGCUACAAGUGCAACGUCCAGUGUGCUCACUUCCAUCUUAAAGAUCCUGGACUCUGACAGCAGAGGGUUCCAAGAACAA